CAUGAAUAGUAUUUACUAAACGAUUAGUAAAUGAAUCAUUCAGACUAUCAACCUUAUUGGUAAACAUAUUUAGGAUCUCCAAACAACCCAAUUAGUAAAUGAUGUAGUAGACAGGACAUUAUUAACGUGAAAGGAAUAGAUACUAACUAAUGUUCUAAAAUUACAAAUGAAAAUUUGAUGUAAGGUAAACAAUAUACAAAUGAUUUAGUAACAUUAGGAAAUAAGUAAGUACUUAAGAAUUAAGAGUUAGAGUACAUUAUGUGUUUAUAAGAAUUGAUAUAUGACUUAGGUGUUAGUGUGAGGGCAUAACAUAACAUAUUAUCAUUUCAUGAUAUUAUAGAGCCAAGCGCAAUCAAUCUUCAAUACCAAGCGCAUAAAAUAUUAUCUAUUCAAAAUAUAACGUAGGGACAACAAUUUAACCACAAAUCUAAUCAUUAAUUACCACUUACUAGGUGGGACACACCUAGUAAACUCUAUUACCGUUAGAAUGCGUCACACUUACAUUAUUGUGCCUUGCUAUUUAUACUUCGAUAUUUAUAGUGCAUUAUUAGAACGUCAUGUCUAUGACUGGUCACAUCAUGACCUCAUUUUAUCGAUUAGCGAUAAUUAUAGUACAAAAGCAUUUAGCAUGAUAACCCUUCUGUUCGAAUAAUCGCUUUGUGGUUUAUCGACAUAAUAAAAAAAAUGUUAUUCUCAUCGCUGGUUCUCUCCUCUUUGUUUCGAUAAAAUUUAUGGUAAACUGUGUAUUAUAGGAAGUAAAAGUUUUUCAGUUAGCUUUUAUAGGAAGACUUACUUAACAGCUUAUUCGAAAUACCUAACUAUUCACAGGUAUAAACAGUAAUCAGGAACAAAUUUUCUAACUCUUUAUUGUUCUUGCAACAGAAUAUUUAUCGUUUUCGUUAUAAUAUUAAAGCACAAACCAAAUUAAUCAGUUGUAUAUACGUACGUUUAUCAAUCAUGAAUUCCUUUCCUUUCUUAUCAACGUCGCGAUUAACAAAGGUCCUAAGAACGAAUACGGAAUUAAUAAAUGUGCCGUGGAACAACUUUUCCAUUCUCGGUCUCGUUUCGUCUCGCAGCUACGUACUUGCAAUGUACAGAAUAAAGUGCAUUCAAUGCAGCCCAAGAAACCGGUCAAGUUAGUGCGGAGAACAAGUAACCGACUGUACAUACACAGGCAUCGGAAGAUAAGAGUAGGUGAACUGGUGAGCGGGCGUUGGCUUCGCUUGUCUGCGCGACGGCGGGUCCGGGUCGGCAAGCAGUAGGCUCUGGCGCUUCGCGACGAAUCAACGGCGUACGCGCAUCCGACGCCACAAAUUAUAAUAAUAUUAUCUAGGGCGUUCUCGUGUCAUAGUUUUCCGUUUCCCUUUGCUUGCUACGGAAGAAGUGUGCACUGUGAACAUCCUGAUUUAACAAUUGUAACGAUUUCGUUCGAAUCUAGGUUUCGUACCAACGAUAUGGCUGCAAAAAUCUGAUGUGCCAAAAAUUUAAUUCAGUGUACUUAUCUAUGUGGGCUAUGUGAUAGUGUCAAGUGAGUGACCGGUAUUGUUUUGAAUCUUUUUUAUUUAAUUUUGCACGUUCGUGUUUCGUGAACGUACCUACUCGGCUGCCCGGAUUUCUUGGAAAUUGUCCGUUUUAGUUUUUGUGAAUGAGUCAGCUAACAGGCGUUGGGAUUGUUAACUUUGUCAACGUGCUGCCCACCAUAUCCGAAGGCGUGACAAUGAGAGAGAAAAGAGGCGGCGCUAUGAGCAAAAUGCAAAAGCUUCGAAAGCGCCUGUCCUUGAGCUUCGGAAGGUUAUCAACGAAAGACGAGUCGGACGGCGACAACGGUGAAUGUCGAGGGCGACAGCAGAACGGCGGGGCCCGGGGGAAGCUCUCUUACAAUGGAUACUCUGAAGAGUGUCUCGAUCGACUGGAGCCUAACGGAAAUAUACCUAAUGAUAAGGACUCCCAUUACGAGUGGAGCGAAGGUGGCAACGGUGAAUACCGUGUCCGAAGACAGUUGUCGGUCUCUUCAGAUUCGAAGCUCCUGGACGAAGGUGCGAGGGAGGAGGCGCGAGUUGUCAUGAGGCCGAAGCGACCUCCCAGACCCAAGAGUGAAGCGUUCCUCGGGCCUCACGAGCAGUCCAGUAGACGCACCAAGCGAUUUAGUGCCUUUGGGGGUGACUCUCCGUUCGGUAAAUCCGAAGCUUACAUUAAACUGGAGCAGCUCGGUGAGGGUUCCUACGCUACAGUAUAUAAAGGUUAUAGCAAUUUAACGCAACAAGUGGUAGCACUCAAAGAGAUCAGACUGCAGGAGGAGGAAGGCGCGCCCUUCACCGCGAUAAGGGAAGCCUCGCUCCUCAAAGAGUUGAAACACGCGAACAUAGUCACGUUACACGAUAUAGUUCACACUAGGGAGACCCUGACGUUCGUCUUCGAGUUUGUGGAUACGGAUCUUUCACAAUACAUGGAGAGGCAUCCCGGAGGACUGAAUCAUCACAACGUUAGGCUAUUCAUGUUCCAACUGCUGAGGGGGCUCUCGUAUUGUCAUCGGAGAAGAGUAUUGCACAGGGACGUGAAGCCGCAGAACCUGUUGAUAAGCUCCCAGGGCGAGCUGAAGCUGGCCGACUUCGGUCUGGCGCGGGCCAAGUCGGUCCCGAGCCACACGUACUCGCACGAAGUGGUCACGCUAUGGUAUCGACCACCAGACGUUUUAUUAGGUAGCACGGAGUAUUCGACGUCGCUGGACAUGUGGGGCGUGGGCUGCAUAUUCGUGGAGAUGAUCUGCGGCGUGCCGACGUUUCCCGGCAUCAGGGACACUCACGACCAGCUCGAUAAAAUAUUCAAGGUGGUGGGUACGCCCACGGAGGAGAGCUGGUCCGGCGUGUCCCGGCUGCCGGGCGCGCGCGUGCACCUGUCCCGCGGCCCCUCCCCCGCGCGCCCCCUCAGCGCGGCGUUCCCGCUGCUGCGCGAGGCGGGGCGCGACGCCGAGCGGCUGGCGGCGGCGCUGCUGCAGCCCGACCCCGCGCGGCGGCUGCCUGCGCACCGGGCCAUACACCACGCCUACUUCGCAUCCAUACCGCCCAGGAUACGGGACCUGCCCGACGAGGUGUCGAUCUUCACCGUGGAGGGCGUGUGCCUGCACGCGGAGGCCCGCCACGGCGCCGUCAAGUGAGCGCCCGCUGCAAGGGACGCUCCUAUUCCUAUAGUCUUAAUUGCGUAACGGCACCGACGCGUCUCCGCGGACCAAACUCGGGUUAGUUCUCUCGUCUAGAAUAAAAGUUGGGCAUCGAAUGCCCCCGCGGCGUCCCCCGCAGGCGCCCCCAUCCGGACCCCCCCUCGGAUCGCUCCCCGUGACUAGCGCUUGUUAAGCUUCCGACGGAAUAUCCAUCCAUUUAAUUCAAUUAUUCUAUGGUGACAAGGUAACAGUUAGGUGACGAGUGUGUGAAUAUAUAUAUAUACAUAAAUCUGUAAAUGUAUAAUGAACGGAGCAGAGUGCCAUUUUAUAUCUAUAAUCGAGAAGAGUAUGACUUAUAAUUUAAAAAAAUAAAUAAAAAAUAUUUUUAUUCUGUGAAAAUACUUAUACGCUCAUAAUUUUGGUAUGAAUUUUUAAAGAUGUUUAUUUAUAAUUCGCAUUAGAGAUUAUUUGUCGUUCUGAUGCACGCGAUACGAUAAUGAAAUUUUAUCGAUACUUCUUCCGAGAUGACUAUUCGAUUUAUCGAUAUCGAUACGUGCGUAUCGAAUAGUUUCCGUAUCGAGUAUCGUUGUAAUUAAACUUGUCUAAUUGUAAUUGCACGCAUUCCAUCCGCGCAUCCAUCAUAAAGCUAUGUUCAGUAAUGCGAAUGAGUGAUACGACGUGAAUUGAUCCGUACAAACAAAAUUGUUUAAUAGCAAAAGACAGAUCUCAAAUUAUUAUCGGAGUGCGGGACCGUCCUACUGUAAAUUAUAUAGUGAUAGGUGAUUCGAUGACUUAUUACUAUAGUACUAGAGUUGUUUUUUUUUUAUUAUCUGUGGAUGAGAAGGGUAGGAAUGGACGUUAGGCUCCGUCUAGACUAAAAGAUUAGUGAAAUUAAACUGUUUAGCGAAACGUAGUGGUCCCUCGCGGCGUAAGGUUAGGGAAGCAAUGUAUGUAACUUGGAAGCACCGGCGCAUUGGCAACUUGUAUGAGAGAGUCCAGAGUAAAUAUCGAUAUCUCAAACAUCUCGUCUCGAUUAGAUUUAGCUGAUCGUCUGUGAUUCGUAAUAGUCUUAGCCGUAUCGAAACUGUAGAACACCAAUUUGUGCCAACGUUUAUUAUGAAUGCUUAAUGAAACAGCGUCUAAUAGUGUUGUAGGUUUAAACUGUAUUCUAGAUUAAAACCAAUUAGAGGCAAUACCUUUGUAGACAUCGGCUAGUGUGAUGGGUAAAUAUUUUAAUCAUAAAUGGUCCUUAAACGCACAUUUUAUCGAUAUUCGUACGCAAUAUUAGUAAUAUUAAUUCGAGAACUACACUAAAUAUGUCGUAAUAUCACUGCCAAUAAAAUCGAUUAUUUGAAAAUGAAAUCGAUUAUUAUUAGUAUCGAGUUGUCAGUGUGCACGGGUACUAAUAGUGAGCGUAGAACAACUUAGGUAGCCACCUUUGUGUACCGAGCUUUAGUACAUUUUAAUUCGAUGAUGAAGGCGGCACUUGUUCGUGCUAUUGAGUUACUGGUGUUUGAUUGUACUGUGGUCACAUCGGUACCAUCGUUAAUAACAGAUUUCGACCUCAUAUCUCAAAGUAGAUUUCACGUUGAGUUGUCCGUGGGCCGCGGCGGUAACCACGAGUGGGCCGUGAGCUCGUUCACCGAUCUAAACAAUGUUUUAAGCAACUAAUUUAUUUGACUUUAUACAAAGUAAAUAAUUGCUUUUUUUUUUGUUUCUUUCAUGUUACUGCAGCGGUAAUAUUUAAUUGUAAAAUGAUUGUAAAUUUUUAGUACUUUGCCAGUAAAAACUGUAAUUACUAUUAAUCGUCAACAUAAUACUAUAAUAACAACGCUAAAAUUGGUUAAAAAAAAUAAAAAAUUGAAACUAAGUGCCGCCAUUAUCAUUCAUACGAUUGUAGAUAAAUGUAAUUAAAUUAAUCAAUACGUUUCCGAACACCAAACACUUAGUACAUAAAAAUUGUAAAUGUUUAAAUGUGAAAAUUGACGCAUAAUUUUCAUUUUGUUUGGAUUGUAAAUGAUUUGUUGAGUUUGUCUGUAUGUUGUUUCGAGUCGGGGUCUCGGUUCUCGGGCACAAGUGUAGAAGAUCAUCUGCGUAGAAAAUCUUCUGCGUAGAGCAUCUUCUGCGUAGAAGAUAAAACAUUAUUAGUUCGAUCGGUCGGCACGCGUUAGAUGAGUUCCAAUUUGAAUCCGAGGCCUCGAUUCUAUUGAAAUUAUAAAUAUUUGGAAAGUGAAUACGUUAAAUCACCCGUUGAAGAGAGGCACCUAACGCACGAAGCGUAAAGUUUACUGUAACACAUUAUUGUUAGGGAUAUGUUAGAAAAAAAUCGGAGCAUUUAUAAACGAAACAUGAUUAUAAUUCUGUUACUACUGAAAUUAUGUUUAAUUUUACAUUUUUAUGUGCCGAUCCAAGUUUAAUGUUUAUAUAAUCGUGACGAAAGGACACGACGCAUUGAGAUUAAACUCUGUUCAUUUUGUUGUUCGUGCCAUUCUUCAAACGUGGCUUGGAAAGAGUCCCCGACGGUAGGACGGGACGGGACGGUGAGGGCGGCCACUUUUAGUCGGAUGGGCCGUCUGCCAAUCCGUUUGCGUGUUCAACUCUUUGAGAGUCCGACAUGUAAAUAUUUGUAAUCGUUUAGUUUAAUUUUGUUUUAUUUAGUUUCCUUUCAGUCUCACAUAAGUUGCCAUGCUGUUUAAAUGAUUCAUAAUAGUAAUAGCUCAGUCAAGAUUUAUGUUUUCUUUUCAAUAUUCGUAGAAUAAUAAAUAAAUGAAUAAUGAAUACAUUGCUUAUUACGAAUUCAAUUUUUUUUUAGUGAUUAUUAUUUUUUGUAUUGUGUAUAAACAAUGUGCUUUUAAUCAUUGAAAUGAAUGUAAAUAUGAUAAUUGAACUGAUAAUAAUAAAAGUUUUUAUUUCUUAAUGA